CACUCUAGCCAAGGCCCCAGAGGCCAGUCUCAGCCACCAGAAGCAUGACUCUUCCAGGGCCAGCUCAGCCACCAGAAGCAUGACUCCUCCAGGGCCAGCUCAGCCACCAGAAGCAUGACUCUCCAGGGCCAGCUCAGCCACCAGAAGCAUGACUCUUCCCAGGGCCAGCUCAGCCACCAGAAGCAUGAACUCUCCCAGGGCCAGCUCAGCCACCAGAAGCAUGACUCUUCCCAGGGCCAGCUCAGCCACCAGAAGCAUGACUCUUCCCAGGGCCAGCUCAGCCACCAGAGGACCAGAAGAGACCCAGGGGGCCAGAGGAGAACGGGGGGCACUGAUCAACAUGGAACUUCUUGGGUUGCCUAACAUUGGCAACACUUGCUUCCUUAACGCCACCCUGCAGUGCCUCCUGGUCCUGCCAUCCUUCUCAAAGGAAAUCCUGCACCAGGAACAACUCUGGAGCUCCUCCCCCUUCUCCAACCUGCUCAGGUGUCUGUCUGAUGUGCACCGUUUGAGUCUACCUGACAGUGUGGCAAACCAGGCCUCAAAAGCAGACCUCAUGUGGAAGGUCAAGUACUCCUUGUCGGGAUACGAUUUGAAGUAUCUGGGGGACACGCAACAGGACGCACACGAGUUACUUGUGAACAUGCUGUGCCAGCUGAAGGAGGAGGGCAUGAUACUGAAGACACUCGGGGUGAACUAUACCUGCCCUGUUUCRCAGCUGGAGUUCCAGCUUGUGUCGGUGCGCACAUGUACCAGUGUGCUGGUUCUGCAUCUGAAGAGGUGUAGGACCUGGGGGCUUGGAGAAGCUGGAGGCUCCUCUUUUUUCCUUCGAGCUGAGGCUCUCCACCCUCUUGGGGACAUGUGCCACCCUGCACUGCCAGCCCACAGGCCCUACCAACCAGGCCCCCAAUCCAGGUCCUCCCCAGACCCUCGCCAGCCAAGUCUCCAGCCCACCUGGAAGGCCAAAGAAGCGCCCUCUGCUGUUCAGAUUCAAAUGACCAGGAACCAGGGAAAUGCUCUGUGGACAGCCUCAGUGUGA